AUGAAAGAUGGCUCCGAAGUACUUGCCCGCCUUCCGUACCCUUCAACAAAACCCAACCGAUUCGCCAUAGCCAGUGAAGUUGCAACUCUCGACUUAGUCCGUGCCAAUGGUGUACCCGUCCCCAAAGUCUUGGGAUACUCAACCGAUACUGACAAUCCUGUGGGGACCGAGUUCAUGAUCAUGGAGAAACUCCCCGGCCGUCCUGUUGGUGAUAUGUGGUUCGAACUGUCCGAGCACCAGCGUCUCAAGCUCAUCUCCGGAGUUGUGCAAACGGAAGUCAAGCUUUUCAAGACCGAUCUGCCGGCAUAUGGUAGUGUUUACUACGAGCGCGAUCUCCCUGCUGACGUGCCCCGUACCGUCAUAACGCCCUCUUCCGGCAACGAAGGACUAUGUAUCGGCCCGCACGUCGGCUUGAGAUGGUGGUACAAAGAGCGUGACUCAAUUCGCGUUGACCGAGGCCCCCACUCCUCUCCACUCCAGGUACUUUCAUGCGUCGCUGCCAAGGAGUUGGCAUGGCUCAAAGCUUUUGGGCGUCCACGCCUCCCGUUUGAGCGAGCAUAUCGUGAGUGCAUGAACUACCAGAAAUCCCAACCAGAAGAGCACAUCGAAAGCCUGGAGAAGUACCUGAUGAUAGCGCCAUACCUGGUGUCACAAGAAGCAAGAUUUCACCGGCCAAUCUUGCGCCACCCUGACCUCCAACCAAACAAUAUCUUUGUUUCUAAAAGUCUCGACAUCGUCGGAAUCGUAGAUUGGCAGCAUUGCUCUAUCCUUCCCCUGUUCCUCGCCGCUUCCAUUCCGAAGUAUUUCCAGAACUAUCAUGAUGAAGAGUCAUUGCAAUUCGACCCACCAGAAUUGCCCGAUAACCUUGCUGAAAUGGAUGAUGAUGAGUACGCUGAAGCUUCGGAAAGGUUUAGACGGCGUCAUCUUCAUUUCUUUUAUCUGGGCUUCACGCAACAGCUUAACCCAGCCCAUUUCGAAGCUCUAGAUAGGCGCACAGAUUUGUUGACUCGAAAAAUCUUCGAUCACGCGGGUGAGCCCUGGGAAGGGAACAGCAUCCCUCUGAAAGCAGAUCUCAUCCACACAACACAAAUCUGGCCAAAACUCAUGGAAGACAUCGGAUACGAUGAGAAGGUGAUGCCUCCAUGUCCUAUAUCUUUCUCAGAACUCGAUGUCCAACAUACCCUUGCUAUCCUACAACAGCAAGAGGAUACUGAUACACAACUUGAAAAAAUCCAGAACGCAAUUGGAAUCAACGCAGAUGGAUGGACAUCCAACGAGGAGUACGAGGGCGUUGUGGCACGGGCGAAACUCAUCAGGAAGCAGGGUUUGGAGAGCCUAGAUACUGAAGAGGAGAAGGAGAUGACAUCGAGGCACUGGCCGUUUGAUGAUUUUGAUGAGGAGGAGUGA